AUGAAUUCACCACCAGAUCUCAAUAGUCCGACGGUGCCUCGCAGGCCAGCAUUGAGAGCAGAUACAGAUGACAUUCAUAGCCCCAAGAGUGGACCAACCAAAGUCGUCUCAAUUGCGGAGCCAGAACCAGAAGACAUACAAGAAUUCGAACUUCCACCUACAGACGACUCUUCAAGAAUAAAACAUUUCAGUGCCGGUGUUGCAAAAAGAAUGACAGGUCGACCAAACAUGCCUUCUGCCAGUUCCUCCAAAUUAUCUCUCCGAAGUCAGAACAGCUUGGAAGAACCAAGUCGAGAUGUUCCUUCUCCGGAAGCCUCAAAAGCCAAUGAUGAAUCAAAGCAUCAUCAUCACCGCGAUAAACUUCUUUCUCAAGUUGCAGAAUGGCUACACUCAGAGAAAGCGAAGAGAACUUCCCGAAAAGCAAACAAAAAGGACACUAAGGAGAACGAGGCUCAGGCUGAGAAUUUGCCUAAUAGAGAAAAAACUUCAAAACCAAGAACAAUGUCUGAUAGUUCCACCUCAAGCGCUCUUUCAUUAGAAAAAUUGCAACGGAUUUUGGAGGAUAAUAUGUUAGAUUUUGGCCACAACCAACUCCCGCACCUUACUUCCCCUAAACGGCAAUCGAGAAAACGAUCCCUCGUUCGUCCUUCACUGAAACCUUCUCCAUCAUCUGAUACCGAAUAUCAUGAAGGGGAUAUCGUGGUUCCAUCCUGUGAUGUGAUUCUUGAUAACUCAAAAACGCUUGCAUAUAGUGGCGGCACUGGAUCUUCCAUGGAAACAACCACAUUAAGCAAUGCGAAACGUGCGGAAAAGGAAAGAAAAGCUUGGAUCCAGUUCAAGAAUGAAAUUGUGAGGUUGGCGCAUACACUCAGAUUGAAAGGAUGGAGAAGAGUUCCAUUGGAUCGAGGUCAUGAAAUUGAAGUGGAAAGAUUAAGUGGUGCUCUGACAAACGCGGUUUAUGUUGUGACUCCGCCUGCAGAUUUACCACCUUCUGCGAGCAGUACGAACAUUUCAACCAAGAGUCAGAAAUCUCCUCCAAAGUUAUUGCUUCGGAUUUAUGGUCCUCAAGUUGAGCAUUUAAUUGACAGAGAAGCGGAACUGAGUAUUUUGAGAAGAUUGGCCAGAAAGAAGAUUGGACCAAGAAUGUUGGGAACUUUCAGAAAUGGUCGGUUUGAAGAGUUCUUCAAUGCUCAGACUCUCACGGCUCAAGAUCUCAGAAUCCCUGAAACUAGCAAGAAAAUCGCGAAACGCAUGAGAGAAUUGCACGAUGGUGUUGAAUUACUUCAAGAAGAAAGAGAUGAUGGUCCAUUCGUGUUCAAGAAUUGGGAUAAAUGGGUUGAUAGAUGUGAGAAGAUUAUCACAUAUCUUGACAAGCAGAUUCUGGAAGGAGAUUCUAGUAAAAGCAUUAGAGGCGAAAGUUGGAGAGAUAGAGGAUUAGUUUGUGGUGUUGAAUGGCCUCUUUUCAGAGCUGCUGUUGAAAAAUACAGACAAUGGUUAGAGGAGAGUUAUGGAGGAAAAGAAGGGCUGAGUCGUAGAUUGGUAUUUGCUCAUAACGAUACACAAUAUGGCAAUAUUCUACGCUUAGUACCCGAGCCACCUGUCAAUGGAUCAGCGCCCUCCCCUCUCCUCCUUCCAAUGAAUCACCACAAACAGCUCGUUGUCAUCGAUUUCGAAUACGCAAGUGCAAAUACCCCUGGCUUAGAAUUUGCCAAUCAUUUCACAGAAUGGUGUUACAAUUACCAUGCGCCUGCUCCCAUGACCUGGACUUGUGAUACUAGGAAUUAUCCGACAGUCGAAGAGCAGAAGAGAUUCGUCAGAGCAUAUCUCAAUCAUCGUCCUCAUUUCAAUCCUCACGCUAACUCAACUCCAAAAAUGGAAGGCAAAGAUGCACCACCAGGUAGUAUCAAAGAAUUCAUGUUGGAUAGUCGAACACCAGGUGGCGAGAAGGAUACUCCGACUAGUAGUAUAAGUCUAUAUGCAGAAGAAGAAGCAAGAAGAGAGCAGGAAACAGAAAAGCAAGUCGAAGAGAUGUUAAAAGAAAUUCGGAUCUGGAGAUUGGCAAAUAGUGCACAAUGGGUUGCAUGGGGAAUUGUACAAGCUAAAGUUCCCGAGUUGGAUGAUGCGCCGCCGUUUGUUGUGACGCCGGAUGAAAUUGACGGGCCCCAGGAUGGAAUUCUUGAACAUGCAAAUCCCGAGGAUGUCAAGAUGAAAUUGGAAGAUGAGAGGGAAAUCAAGAUAGAAGAACAGGUCGAAGAGGAAGAAGAUGAAUUCGACUAUCUGGGGUAUGCGCAAAGCAGAGCCCUUUUCUUCUGGGGAGAUGUAGUUGGAUUGGGCAUUAUGAAGAAAGAGGAGCUACCUGAGGGGUUGGCAGAAAGGAUCAAGGUUUUGGAAUCUGAGAAGCUUGUUCCAAAGCAUCACCUCGAAGAUAUUUUUCAUUUGACGUUUUCGCUUCUCCAUGCUUUUACUUCCCCAAGUCUAAAGCCCAGAGAUGGGGGUCCAAGUGCGAUGGAAUUAACACUUUUCAUUCCCAACCGCGAUCGAAAUCCAAGUAUCGAGACCUAUAAACUUGCCUUGCGACAUCUCGAAAACGCCAUUUCAAAACGAUCUCUUGGAAGUUACUCUUUAAACUCCCCUGGUGGUGGUGGUCGUGCGCUCUGCAAUUAUUGUGUAACAUUAGACGAGCGACUAAAAGAUGUAUGUUAUAAUGAUGAUGCAGCUCAAGAAUUCGACUUCGGUGUGAGCGACCGAGAUGCUUCUGAUAAUCUGCAUCUGGGCAGUUUGAAUGAAACAUUCGCCCAGCAGAAUUGUUCUUUUUGUGCUUUACUUACGAGACAAUUUUUGCGGAUGAAACGAAGAGAAAUUUAUGUGAAUGCAAGAUCGAAGGGGAUAGAUCUUCAUGGAUUGAAUCUGACUGGGCUCCUUGAGUUAGCAUAUGCAGAGGAGCUUACUGGAAGUGGGGAUGGGGUAGAGUGGAUCAUUGAUCCGUUCUCGGAAUCCCUUCAGCUUUCUCUCAGUACCAUUAUAAGUGAUGGAAUUUUAUUGAUUUGGUGGCCCGAGAAUACAGUGGAUGAUAUCAAUGAUGAACCUACCCAAAUUCCAAUGCUCGCUGCUGAUCACGAAACUAUAUUCACCGGUGUGAAAAACCCCUGGAUUCCUUUGCCGAGUGGUAGAAUAACUACUGAAAGAGAUCUGGGUAUGUUCUCAGACUGUUUUAAUUCUUGCUUACAAAAUCAUGAGAAAUGCCGAGAAACGCAAAUGACUGCGGCUCUCAGUCUAGGUUUUGGACCAAGUAGAUUAAUCGAUAUCGUGGAUAUGAAGAUUGUGAAGAUGGGGUUACAUGGGGUUCCAAAGUAUUUCAUUUUGAGUUAUGUAUGGGGGCGUCCACCAUUUCUUCUUCUCGAGAAGAAAAAUGAGAAUGAGUUCUCCAUCCCAGGUUAUCUUACAACCCAAAGAAUACCCCAAACGAUUCUAGAUGCAAUUGAAAUUACUCGACGCUUUGGAAUACGGUUCUUGUGGGUCGACGCCCUCUGUAUAGUGCAAGAUGAUCUAGGAAGCAAAAUGCAUGAGAUUGAUCGAAUGCAUAUUAUCUACGCACAAGCAGAAAUGACAAUCGUAGCGGCCACAGGCGAUGGUGCGAAUUUCGGACUAUUGGAUAUUGAUCCAAUUUUCACAGACGCGGAAACGCACUUGAUUAACAACAUCAGAUUCACAAUCGACUCAAUGGAACUUCGUGAAGUGAUAGAGUUUUCAACAUGGUUUACCCGGGGAUGGACAUUUCAGGAAUUAGUAUUUUCAAAACGAAUUCUUUAUUUCACAACGGAAAGAACUUACUAUUCAUGUGAGGAAGCGACUUGGAGCGAGGACUUUCCUCUGUUGACUCUAGAUGUCAACGAAAAUGAGGAUACGGAUGAGAUUGAAAACAUAUUUUAUGAUGAAAGUCUCAAAACGGGCUUCGAUUUUCGGAAUAAAUUGGAUCCAUUCGAAAACUACAUGGCAAUGGUAUCGAAAAUGUCUGCGAGACAAUUUACACAAGAAAGCGAUUGUUUAAAUGCUUGUCGGGGUUUCUACACUGGUCUUCUUUUAAAAGGUCUAGGGGGCUCGGUUUGUGGAAUACCGGCUAUUUGUUUUGAGUUUGCCUUGGCUUGGCAACCGGAGGGAAAUCUUACGCGUAGAGGAUCUCAAGAUUUGAGCUUUGAAAACUUUCAAUUUCCGACUUGGUCGUGGGCGGGUUGGAGGGGACAGAUUGAGUAUCCAUUCCUUGCAAGUCCGGAAAAGUGUGGGGUAAAAGGGGAGGUGAGGUGGGCUGUCUGUGAAGCUUAUAAAUCAAUCUCCAGCCCAGAUGGUGAAGUAACAAUAAGACAUGAGAAGAGAUAUAAACAGGUCGUCCCCACAAUCAAAGUGCACACCUCACCAUCACAGUCACAUCAAAGUAUGAGUUCGUGGUAUACACAUUCCUAUUCGCCUACACCCGGGUCAAAAUCUUCGAAGCCGAAAUUUAGGGCUCUACUUGACGUAGAGGGAGACCUGAACGCGAGCACCCGGAAAAUUAUGUCAAGUAACUUUAUUGGUCCGAGUAUUCUGUUGUUCCAAACAUAUUCUAUUGCUUGUAAAAUCGAUAUGAAUGAGAUCUCACAACCGCCGCUAGCGAGACACAAGGGCUUGAGAUUCUUCACCAUUUCUUCUCUUAGAAAGGAUGAAGUGAUCGGAGAGAUGAAAAUCGAUUCUGCCACUUUGAAUACUUUUCUCGAGUCUCACGGUUCCUCGGAUGCCACGAAUGAAAGUAUACAAAUCGAACUUAUCUCCCUGUUUGAAGUCGAUUUUGGGAGCUCGUCAGUACAGAAUUUGAUGUGGAUGAAUGAGCAUAGUGCGCGAGGUACAUUCUCGAAAGACUUUAUGGAGAUGGUGGAGAAGAGGAAGGAUAGGAGGAUGAAGUGUGUUAUGUGGAUUGUGUGGGAUGAAGGGGAGGGGGUAGCGAUGAGGGUUGCGGUGGGGUGGGUGAGCGUUGACGGGUGGCAGGGGGAGGGACCGAGUUGGAAGGAGGUUAUAGCCCACAACAACAUGUCAUUCAAAAAAGAACUAUACCAUCCGCUGAAAGAUGGUGAGAUCAGAGUUCUUGGGAUAGAGCCGGGCACCUUCGACGAACCCAUUCACUGUACCUUAUCUCCACGUCUACUUGAUGAUAAUCCUACAUACCAAGCACUUUCCUAUACUUGGGGAGAUCCAUCAAUUCGUGCUCCGAUUAAAGUCGACGGCCAUGUAUUCAUGGCGACCACAAAUCUAGAAAGUGCAUUGAGAAACCUUCGGGAUACCGAAGUUACUCGCGUUCUAUGGGUCGACGCAGUCUGUAUUAACCAGGAAGAUAUCCCCGAGCGGGGUGUGCAGGUACAACAAAUGCGUCGCAUCUACAAGGAGGCAAAUGACGUGGUUAUAUGGCUUGGUCCGCCGCAACUUCCAGCUAGAGGAAUGUUGGAUGAUGAGCAUUCUCAUUUGGAAACUGAGAGUGCUGUUUCUAGCACUUCGAACCAUUUUGCUGCCUUGAAGUUACUCGCUGGCUGGUUUCAAAGCGUCGAACGUGGUGAAACAAAAUCGCCUCACCUAGAUUCGGAGAACAAAGACAAAUGGCGAGAUGCAUUGCAAUGCGAGUUUUGGGCACCAUUGAAAAAUCCUUACUGGACCAGGUUAUGGAUUAUCCAAGAAGUUGCUCUAGCGAAGAAUCCCAUUGUUCAUUGUGGCUCACAUUCAAUCUCAUUUGAUGAUUUGAUUUUUGGCAUUCGUUAUGCUUCGUCUUGUGGAACUCAUUAUUCCGUGUCAAGCGGGGAAGAUCACUGGCUGGAUGAAUAUUCAUAUGGCAUCAAGGGACUCGUCCAUUCUAGAGUUAACGUUGCUACAAAUAAGUCACUUCUACUCAGUGACGUUUUGGAAAUAAUUGGUCCUCAUAUCUCAGUCACAGAUCCUCGCGACAGAAUCUACGGGCUGCUUGGACUUGCAGACAGCUGCGAUAUCAUACCAGAUUACACAUUAUCGAAAUCUCAGGUCUACACGCAAGCUGCGAAGCAUCUACUUAGUAGCGGCGAUUUUAAUCAUUUAGGAGUUUUCAAUGGAGAUAAUGAUACCUCUAGCAACGACUCACCGUCCUGGGCCACAGAUUUGGAUAUCAUAGCGAAGCAUUCUUUUGGGGUCAGACCGCUCACAAUAUACGUCAAUGAUGUGUAUUGUUACAAAGCUGCAACCGAUCUGACCCCAGAUUUGAGAUUCCAUGACAAUGGUCGUAUUCUGAGCGCGAGAGGUGUGCUAAUAAGUGAUAUCGACACAUGCGGUCAAGUCAUGGACGCAGAUAUGCACUCGCAUUUCGAAAUUUUAAGUAAGUGGGAAGAUAUUAUGGUACGGAGAUUUCAAUGUGACCACCUAGCAACAUCUGCAUCCGCUAACUCUGGUACAAUUAUGGAUGUGUGGGAUUCCUGGAAGACAAGAAUCUGCAGCGCGAAUUCUUCAUGGCCCGGUAAUUGGGGACCGAUUAGCGAUAAAACUUUAGGGGGUUGGAGUAAAGGAACCAUAGACACAGAUGGUUGGGAAACUCCUAUCUUAAAUUUACGUCAAGCUAGAGGAUCGAUGAAGCACCAAGAAUCCUACGUAGCCGGGGGUACUUUGACAGAAGCAUAUUGCCGCACCUUGCUAAUGAAUAAGAUUCUAUCCGAAUCAGAUACCCUUGAAAGGUUCCACGAAGAUCAUGUUCCCGAAUUCAAUGAAGACAUGGGCAGGCCAACACCAACAGAAUUCAAACGAAUGUCUAUGCUUCGGGAAAGCAGAAUGUUUGACAAGUAUCUUGAAGAAGCGACCAAAAACCGGAGGCUCUUUAUCACUUCAAAAGGAUAUAUCGGACUGGGCCAUCAGCAGGUAGAGAAGGGUGAUAAAUUGUGCAUUUUGUAUGGGUCACCUGUGCCUUAUAUAUUGAGGCCACAUGGUGAGUAUUUGACUGUGGUUGGCCAAUGCUACGCACAUGGUCUUAUGAAUGAAGAGACUGGAAAAGCUUUGGAGUGUGGGGAAGUGACCUCUCAGGUGUUUGAAAUAAGAUAG